UAUCGGUCGCGAUUGUCAGUCUGCAAGGGAAACCAUUUCAAUCAACCCCAAACGCUAGCGAUUCCCCACGAUGGCGUGUAGCUUCUGCCGAAAAUCAAGUGCGACGGCGUGCGACCGACAUGCGGGUCCUGCAUCGAGCACGGACGCGACUGCAUGUAUGCAGCCGUGUCGCAGGAGGAAAACGCACGGCUGCGUCUGCAGAAACGCGCACGACGAGCAAGGCUUGCGGCGAUCGAAAUCCUCUCCGAGCCGUCCUUGCAAGCGUGUAUCGUCCGCCAACGCUCGCUCUCUGCGGCCACCGUCACGAUCGCAAGCACGGACCAGCAUAAUGGUCUGGUGACCAUCGACAGCUCAGGAGCGCUACCGUUGCAUCCUCAGCUCGAUGCUUUCUUCCUCUCCAACCACAACGAGCAGAAUGGUCGUCUCAUUGCAAGGCAGCCGAGUCCCACAGAUCCUGCAUUAGCAUCAGCGGUCGCGGACAGUGUCCCUGUACCUCGCGGCUUGACCAUCUCGCCCUUCAACUCUGCGCACGCGGCUGACGUGGACAUCCACGGUGGAUGUGGUGGCAAUCACUGUGAUGAUGACAAUGUCACAUGCAAGCCUGCCGCUUACCACAGGCAUGGAGACCACCGUUCCGACCAGCAAAUGCCUCUCUCUCAUCUCAAACGGCCUAGCGUCUUGCUCUCGCCACGGUCCAUACCCCUGCAUCUGCGAGCAGCCCCGCUCUCGACCGAUUCACGAAGCCUUCACCCCUUGGAGAACAAAUUCGCUACCGCCGCAGCCUCAGUUCCGAUCCCUUCGCUCAACCUGCCACAAUUGUCACCGAUGGACAGCAGCAGCAUGUUGCUCUCAGGGAGCAGCCCAGCUUCGCCGACGCUCGACAAGAGCUCACCAUUGUCACCCCCGCAGCCGCAAUCACUCCUGCUAUCGCAGGAUCCUCUGCGAUUGCACGUGCGGUCGUCGCAUUUCUCCAAGCACUCCGAGAAUACACGGGCGACGCGCGCGCAUGGCCUGGACAUCAGCCGAGGCCUGCGCUCCAGCUCCAACACGGAUGUGCGCACCAUCGGCGGUACGCUUGGUAGCGGGACCCGGCGCUCGCGGACCAACACGGUGAACAACUCCGGUGGAGCUCCCGUACCGUCCCCUAAGGUCGGCGCCAAGGACUCUCCGCUACUUUCAUCGGGAAACAAGCCAUACAGCAAGCCUCCGGCCAGAGCCACUCGGCCGCGCGCACUAACGGUGAACUCUGCAGGUGUGUUGCAAGCGCAAGCGGACGACACGCGGCGACAUCGCAGUAAGCGUCCAUUGAGCGUGAACAUUGAUCGUCAGCAGUUUUCGCCUCUGCUGUCUGACCUGCAGGACCCUGUAGACCUUGUCGGCUUGCGCGCCACUCAGCAUCUGACCGCUAUGAGCAUGUCGCUCUCUCCACCUGUUGCUAAUCCUCGGCCGGCGGGUACCACCAGCAAUGCACAGAGCAACGACUCUCCAGUGAUGGGCUACGUUGUGAACCAUGACUCGCUCGGUGCUAGAGUCGGUUCGACCUUUGCUUCCCAGAACAGCAGCACAACAUCUCUGCAUCAGGCGCAGAGCCAGGCAUAUGCACUCACCUUUAGGUCGAUUCCAAGCUUUAGUGCUCCCAAUAGCGGCACGGCGGGGAGUAUCGAUAGCUGUUUGCCGGGCAGCGUUGAUCCACCUCCCUACCUCGUGCUGCCAACGGCCUCAGAUAUUGACGACAGUGAUACCGCCAGCAGCCUAAAAGCGCCGUCGACCACCGCCUCUCCGGUCGUAGACACUUUUGCUUUUGCUGCACUCCUUCAGGCAGAUGCAUCGAGCGGGUAUCAUGAUUGCAAAUCGUCGAUCAAGCACCUCCCAGCCGCCAACCGUGGUACGCUCCAGGGCUCUUUGUACCCCUUCUUAACGCUCAACGUGCCAGAUCAGUUGCACAUUGAUGCCAACCUAGACAGCCUGGCGCACUCGUUGCACGGUUCGCCUAGUCUCUUCCAGAGCGAAAACAAAUACGAUCAAGGCUCGCUCUCUGCACAUCUCCCGCUGCAGUUCAUGAACCUCGAAGAGGAACACUUGUCGCCGCUGCACCAUCCUGCUUCGUCCGCGUCGCUUAACGAAGGCAGCACCGCAGCAGAUGGAGCGGCGUCACUCUUCUCCACCUCCUGGGAUGGCAUCACCUCGACGCCGUCUGAUGCUCUGCCAGCGUCCGCCUUGAUGCCGAACAGCAUCAUUGACGCGUCUGCAAGUUCUCUCGGUCUCUACUUUGACCAUGCGCCUUCGAAUCAGACCAACGAUACCGUCGAUCGGAAUGAAGAUACUCGCAUGCAGUGGCAGCCGCAGCUCUUGCUUGUUUCGCCUGCUCAGCUCGAUGUGGAAGUGACGACGCAUUCGAGUGAGCAGCAGCAGCCUCAACAUUUUGCCUCUAGCGGCAACUUGCGCUACCAAGCUGGUUCGCAGUCGGCUGUAUCGGAGCAUCGUGUCGGCCCGUGGCUGCGCCAACAAGAUUGGAUAGGUACAAGCUCGAUGAACGUCAAGGCGCACCAGCCGACGCCGACUAGGCCGUGGGAGCACACACUGGCUGAUCUCCACCGUCAGGCUGAGACGUGCCUCUGACUCGCCAGUGGCACCACCCGCUCCAGGACGCCGCACAAUCGCAUUUCUCUCAGCAUUGCUCUAUGCACGCUUCGUCUUUUUCAGCAGAUAUCGCACCGUACGCUUAUCGUAUCAGCCAGUCUCAUAUCCUCGUGCCUGUCUCUUCAAGCACUCAUCCCGUAUUUU